GGCCACCGCGCCGCUCCGGGCCCCGGAAGCCUGGUAUAAAAAAAGUACUGAAGCUACUUCCCCUGCUCAAUCGCUAAAGCUCCGGGCGCGAACGAGUGCGGGUCGCGGAGGCACCAGGAGCCACCACCUCCGGGACCGCUGCAGCCUGGGCCGCAGGGGCGCGGGUGGGGGUGUGGGGCGGAGUGUCAACGCCGGCCGCGGAGAUCUGAGGAAGACUAAGUUGCUAGAGCGGCUGCUGGGAGCGCACGCGCAGCUCCUGGAACGGUUGUCGCCUCGCGCUUCCUCGCUCACCUAGCUCCUAGAAGGGGCGGCCGCCUCCAGGUGACACAGACGGGACUCUCGCUUGCGCUUUCCAGAUGCAUCCGAGAUACUUUUGGACUGACCAAGGCCAAGUGGCGCUCGGCGGACACUACAUGGCAGAGGGUGAAGGGUACUUUGCCAUGGCCGAGGACGAGCUGGCUGGAGGCCCCUACAUCCCCCUAGCCGGCGACUUCAGCGGCGCCGAUUUUGGCGGCGAUGACAGCCUUGGCGGGGAGUGCUUGGACUACUGCGAAAGCCCCACCGCGCACUGCAACGUGCUGACCUGGGAGCAAGUGCAGCGGCUGGACGGCAUCCUGAGCGAGACCAUCCCGAUCCACGGCCGCGGCAACUUCCCUACGCUGGAGCUGCAGCCCAGCCUCAUCGUCAAGGUAGUGCGGCGGCGCCUGGCCGAGAAGCGCAUCGGCGUCCGCGACGUGCGCCUCAACGGUUCGGCCGCGAGCCACGUCCUGCACCAGGACAGUGGCCUGGGCUACAAGGACCUGGACCUCAUCUUCUGCGCCGACCUGCGCGGGGAAGAGGAGUUUCAGACUGUGAAGGACGUCGUGCUGGACUGCCUGUUGGACUUCUUACCUGAAGGGGUGAACAAGGAGAAGAUUACACCUCUCACGCUCAAGGAAGCUUAUGUGCAGAAAAUGGUUAAAGUGUGCAAUGACUCAGACCGGUGGAGUCUUAUAUCCCUGUCAAACAACAGUGGCAAAAAUGUGGAACUGAAAUUUGUGGAUUCUCUCCGGAGGCAGUUUGAAUUCAGUGUAGAUUCUUUUCAAAUCAAAUUAGACUCUCUUCUCCUUUUUUAUGAAUGUUCAGAGAACCCGAUGACUGAAACAUUUCACCCCACAAUAAUCGGUGAGAGCGUCUAUGGUGAUUUCCAUGAAGCCUUUGAUCACCUUUGUAACAAGAUCAUUGCCACCAGGAAUCCAGAGGAAAUCAGAGGGGGAGGCCUGCUUAAGUACUGCAACCUCUUAGUGAGGGGCUUUAGGCCAGCCUCUGAUGAGAUCAAGACUCUCCAGAGGUAUAUGUGUUCCAGGUUUUUCAUUGAUUUCUCAGACAUUGGAGAGCAGCAGAGAAAACUGGAGUCCUAUUUGCAGAACCACUUCGUGGGCUUGGAAGACCGCAAGUAUGAUUAUCUCAUGACCCUACAUGGCGUGGUGAAUGAGAGUACUGUGUGCCUGAUGGGACAUGAAAGAAGACAAACUUUAAACCUUAUCACCAUGCUGGCUAUCCGGGUGCUAGCUGACCAGAAUGUCAUCCCUAAUGUGGCUAAUGUCACAUGUUACUACCAACCGGCUCCCUAUGUAGCAGAUGCUAACUUUAGCAAUUACUACAUUGCACAAGUUCAGCCAGUGUUCACAUGUCAGCAGCAAACAUACUCAACUUGGCUACCCUGCAAUUAACAAUCAUUUAAAAAUAUCCUGUGGGGAAGCCAUUUUAGACAACUAGGAAAAAAAAGAAAAAAGAAAAAAAAAAGGAGUAACCCAGCCCUAAUUGGGGACAUGUUUUGUGCAAUUAUAUGCUCCUGGUUUUAAGCUUGGCAAAGUUUAUGGAUCUUUACAUUGGUAUGGGAGCAUGAUCUAUAAACCAUGACCCUCUUUAACUCUCCCCUUUCCUCCUUCUCAAUUGGAUUCUACCUUGAAACAAAAGAAACCUGUUGUUCAAAGCAAUUGGGUUUGCUUAAAACAAGGGAAAAAUUAUUGCUGACAAUAUGGGUUUGCAGUAAUUGCUCCCAUAGCUUUGCCAUGGUGUGGGAAAGUGGUUGAAAAACUUUUAAGGUGAAUUCACUAAAGGGAACACAGAGAGGAAAAACGUCUCACCCACCUUGUUUAUCAGUUCAGGAGUUCAGAUAGUAACAAUACAGGAAGAAGGGGAACUCCAACAUAGGGAUUAUUUAUCUGAGGCCUGUAGCAAGUGCUGUCUGUGGAAUGACACUGUUGGGCUAACAGAAACAGCCCUGCUCCGCAUGGACAGUAGUAGGUUGGUGCAGUUCUUAUAACAAACAGGAAAAUUUGUGAUGACACAAUCCAUUAAUUCCAGCUGCGUACAUAGCUCGCGUUUUUUUUUAAAUGUAAAAUGCAAGCAAAAACAGCUGUAGUGAAGAAAAUAUGCUCAAGGACCAAAGAUUUAACAGAGAAAAGUACUCAAGUAUAGAGAUAUAGAAUAUAGUUAUUAUAUUUGUUACACUCCGGUAUACAUCUCAAAGUGCCUGUUGCUUUCUGAAAAUUUGAAGUGGAAAAAUUUAUCUUAUGGUUUAAUGAUAAUUUUAUUUUAUCAGGGACUCAGAAAAAAAAUAAAACAAUAUAUAAGCUUGUGAAUGGUGGAGGAAGUGCCCUAUUUUUUAACAAAUACAUGUAUAAAGUUGAUAUUGUUGGUGUGAUGUUACCAUAGGUACAUGUGUAUAUUAUGUGUGCAUAUGCAUACAUGCUGUAUGUGUAUAUGUAUACACACUACAUUGACUAUGAUCUAGAACAGAAAAUGUUUAAAUACUAUGUACUUUUAUGUUUAGGAUGACAUGAAAUGUGGGCAUACGCAAUGAUGAAUUAAAACCCACAUCUAAACAAAUCAAAGCGUAUGGGGUAGGGGGACAAGUAAUAUAUUUGAUAAGAGCAGAAAUUAUACAUUUUUGGUGAGGUUUUUGAGUUUUUUGUUUGUUUUAUUUUUGUGAACCAGAUUAUCCCACAAAUGGCAGAAUUUUGGCAGAAUACUUUCUUAAAAACUAUUUGAACUACCAUCUUGACAAUUUGAGCCCAUUUUUUUUCUUUUUAAAAUAAUUGCGUACCUCCAUGGUAUGUAAUCUUGUGAUCAUGAAUCAGUGUAGGCUACCUAAAUCUCUUAACUGCUAAAAAUAAUUUCUGGUGAUCUGAACACUACUUAUAAAUAUUGAAAUGAAUUUUUAAAUGAAUGCAUUCAGCAUUUUAGGACCACUAGAGUUUAGUAAAUGUGAAAUGACCCUUUUUAAAGAGUAUUUGCACAAUUGCAUAAAGUUUAUAUAUGAGAUAUAUAUUGUAUAUAACAUUUUAUAGAUUUAUGCCAGUAUGAAACAUCUUUGAUCUGGUUGUCUUAGUGCAUUUAAAUACUGAGUACUGUAUUUUAAAUUUAAUCACUUUGCAUUAAAUUAAACCCAACUUUAUUUUCUCCUUUCUAAGAGACCAGUUAUACUCUUGUAAAAUGAAUUAGUGUUACUGUUUUAGUUUGACGACAGGUAAUCCUAAAACCACCCCUUUUCUUACCCCUCUGGUCUCCAAAAAUGCGUUUGUUAAAACUCACACAUAAAAUCCACAUAAUCCCCACCAACCCUAUCCGUCAGAUGCCUACUAUGAUAAAUUCCUAAAGAUCCAACCAGAUAAAUUUUGUCAUUAAAGAGAGACCAGGGAAGAAAAUAGCAUUCUCCUAUUGAAGUGUAAUUUGUUUGUGUGCUAUCUGGGCAUCUUUCAGAUGUGAAAUACUACAUUAAUCCAGGCUCAUCUCUCUGGAUACCUUUUGUGCAUCUUUCUUUAAAGCCUUAAGGGGAACCUGAUUUGUUUGCUGUAGCAGCCUCCUGGUGAACUCUACCAGAGCUGUGAGAUGCCCUGCACUGCCACUCACUGUUUUCUAGGGAACUCUUCUGCUCCCAUGUUGGCUCUUACUCCCUCACCUCCAGCCCUGGGUUUGGAAAAUUAAUUGCAGAGUCCUAGGAAACAUUAUUCAACUUGCAGGAUAAGCCUGGCACUCAUCUGUCAGAAACCAGAGCUCUGCCUACUUGGCUAUUUGGAAGUUUUCUCAAAGAAAACUAAAGGAAUGCUGAGGAACAGAGGAGCAGCUGGGGAUCUGCUUUCUUCUCAUCCCAACUCCACAAAUGAGUUGUCUACUAUUUUAAAGAGUGUGGAGGUGUGGCUCUUCAGUAGCAGAAACCUGCUGUUAAUUUACGACACAGGUUUUUGUUUGAAGGAGCCUUUUUUGAAAACAUGCUUUUCAUUUAUUUUCUCAAAUAUUUAUAUUCUUUUCUUGCUUACUUCAGGGUUGGUAGCUUAGUUGGUACCUGGCAUUCAGUUAGAGCAGCCUGUGUUCUGCAACUUUUAGCGUUUUCUUUGAGACUUAUAUAAUUUAUUUCUAUUCUGUGUGGACUAUAGUCCUGUGUAUAUGUAGUUGAACGUUCGGUGUGAUAUAUGUCUCUGUGGAUGUGUGGCCUAAAAAUCUGAAUGUGUGAUGAGAGAGCUGCAGGUGUAGCUCACAGAGAACAGCUCUCAACUCCUGAUUGGUGCCUGUGAUUGGUUGCUUUGGUGUUUAUGUGGCCUAGUGUGCUGUUACUUUGAAAUAGGAAGAAUUCUCUUUCUACUGGAAGCUCGUCUCACCUGUCCAGUCUGGCAUGUCGAAGAACACUUAACCUUGUUACAUGCCCUCUUAAAAAAGUUUACUUCAUCUGCGAUAAAUCCAGCUGCUUCACCAAGUCCUAAACCAAGACAGACUUUUCCCUUCCAGAAAUGGGAUUGAGGAUAUGCUCACUUUGGUACUGGGUGGCCUGUUUCAACAUGGGUCCAAAAGAGGCAAUGGAAGAGCUUCUGUACUCCAAGCCAAGAAAGAGAUGAAAUAAGUGAACGUACUAUUUGUGCCGCCCCUUUCUGUUUGCUUAUUGUUAGUUGUUUUACUGUUCAUAAGCAAUGCUUGUUAAAUAAAUAUUGUAAACUAUUUUGUAAAUGAAAUGUAUUAUGUUGAAAGCUGUCAGAAGCUGUCAAAAUAAGCUUUUUUGUUGUGGAAGAUGAAGUGUGUUAGAUGAAACCAAAAAGUACAAAAAAAAGUGACUUCGUAUAUAUCACCUAUUUGAAUAUAAUCUUUCUUUAAGAUUUCUUUUAGCAUAGCCUUUUCAGUGCUAAAGAAGAAUCUAUAUAAUAUUUUAUUAUAAUACUGGCUUGCUAACAAAGUAAAUGGUAAAGGUACAAAGUGGGAAGAUUUCAAGGUAACUGGGAAGACUUGCUCCAAAGCUUUGCAGAAUGAAGGAGGCUCUGCCUGCUGGCUGUCUCUCGCUCCCACCUCUACAACCAUUGCGUGUUCAGAGGCAUCCUACUGCAGCAAGCUACACUUUGGGUCACUCUUUUGGAAUAUUAUAACUGUAGUGUGUCACAGGCAGAAAAGGAGUUGAUUGAAAAUGGACUCUUGAAAACUGACAGAUUUGAAUCAGUGCUAGAGGGAACAGAUUGUGAAAUUUGUUUACAGCAUCCAAUAUUUGGAUUUUUUUUGUAAAUAAAAAGAAGUUAUUUUUUUCUAUGGA